UUGAUAAUGUUUAUUUAUUUUUGCAGGUAUUGAAAGAUGCAUUUUGUUCAAAAUAGAUUAUUUAUUCAAACUAAGAGGAUUUUACUGUUGCAGCAUGCAAGAUGUUAUUCAGACUCUUCUCAUACAUCUGUGGACCAAACUCUAAGUGGUGACUCUCAUAGGGAUAAACAAAAAACAAUUCCCUACAAAGAUCUAAGUUGUGCAAGUCGAGAGCUUCUUGACAAAAUCAUAAGGGUUGACCAUGCUGGUGAACUUGGUGCUGACAGAAUAUAUGCAGGCCAGAUAUCAAUACUCAAGAACAGCAGCGUGGGACCUAUCAUCCAGCACAUGUGGGACCAGGAGAAGGAGCACAAAGCCAAGUUUGAAGAACUCAUCCCUUUGUAUAGAGUGAGACCCUCUUUGCUGACACCUAUCUGGAAUGUUGCUGGCUUUGCUCUUGGGGCAGGUACUGCACUGCUGGGAAAGGAGGCGGCCAUGGCGUGCACUGUGGCAGUGGAAUCAGUCAUCACAGACCACUACAACAGCCAACUGAGGGCACUGCUUGCUCUGCCUGAGUAUGACAAGCAUGAGGGCGUGCAGGAGUUGGUGCGUGUGAUCAGCAAGUUCCGGGAUGAUGAGAUGGAGCAUCAUGACACCGGCCUAGAGCACGAUGCAGAGAUGGCACCUGCAUACCAAGUGCUCACGGCAUUUGUCAAGCUGGGGUCACGGGCCGCUGUCUGGGUCGCUGAGAGGGUAUAGGUUAUAUGAGGGGCCGCUGAUAGGGUGUAGGUUGCUGAGAGGGUCUAGGCUGCCGUAAGGGUUUGAUGAUACCUGAGAGCGUCUAGGUUGCUAUGAGGGGUCCCUGGCAAAGCCUGUGUUUCUGAGAGAGUCUGGCCACUCCAUUUCUCAUUUUUAAACUGGGGGCAUUUUUGUUAUUUGGUAAAUUUGAAGUAUUUUCUCGAUCUGCCAGUUUUUGGAUUGUAUUCCAUACUUUGAAAAUUGUGUUGUUCAGCAGUAGAGUAGGUUUAGAAUGAUUAAAAUUGUCAGUUCAAUUCUAUUAUCGUUACAAUUGAGUUUUGAUUAAGCCAGGGCUUGGACCAUUUGCAAAACUAAAUGAGAAUUUUUCUAAUUUUAAUUUUGUCUCGAACUCAUUUGUGGAAGGUAACGACUUGCACGAAUUGCCACUCAAAACAGAUAGAUUCUACUGAAGCAAUAAAUGAACACUGGUCUUCUCUAGUUAGCAAAUUUUUCUAGGCUGUGAUUUUGAAUUAACGAUUGUUUUGUUGUUCCUAAUCUUAGUUAUAGUAAUGCUACUGCCUUCAAGGCCUUUAUCAUGUUACCAACGUCAGUUGGCACCGUACAUAGAAUUGAAAAAUGUGAUUAGGAGUCAAGAUGCUUAUCUCAACUCUUCGGACGUAAUGAAUUAAGAUACUCCUGCGGGGGCUAUGUGUGCACACCUGCAUAAACCUGUGUCACCGCAAAUUUAACUCAGAACCAAUGAACUAGCUUAAGUCCAUGUAAAUUGUUAUCGAAUCGUAAAGUA